GUGAGCACACUGUAUGGCCGUACAGCGUCGAGGGGUGUGACAUCAUCAUCGAGCGACGGGCGAGUCUCCUGAUUUCAUCAUGGCCGAAGCAGAAUCAAAGAAAGUGAUCAAGUUAGUGCCUGAGUAUCUCCUGAAGAAGAGGAAGGCGUACCAGGCUAUCAAAGCCACUCAGGCCAAGCUCGCCCUGCUUGAGAAGAGGAAGGUAUCUAAAGGCAAACCAUUGAAGUUCAAGCGUUUGGAAGACUUCUUGAAAGACAGCCACAAGGGUCAUCGUGAUGAAACUCGCAUCCGGAGAUCUGAGCACAGGCCGCCCCCCCCUCUGCCUCCUGCCAAGAACAGGCUCGCCUUCGCCGUCCGCAUCAGAGAGGUUAAAGGGGUCAGUCCCAAAGUGAUGAAGGUGGUCCAGAUGUUGAGGCUGAGGAAGAUCUUCAGCGGGGCCUUCGUCAGAAUCAACAAGACCUCUGUGGCCAUGAUGAAGGUGCUGGAGCCGUACGUGGCCUGGGGAUUUCCCAACUUGAAGUCUGUGCGUGAGCUCAUUCUGAAGAGAGGACAGACGAGGGUUGGCCGGAAGAGAGUUCCUCUCACAGACAACACCUUGAUUGAGACGCACAUGGGUAAACACGGCAUCAUCUGUCUGGAGGACCUGAUUCAUGAGAUCUACUCGGUUGGUAAGGGCUUCCGGGCAGCCAACAACUUCCUGUUGCCUUUCAAGCUGUCAGUGGCUCGCCAUGCUGCCAGGGAUAAGGCUGGGCUCCUGAAGGACCUGGGGAACCCUGGCUUUCGCAACACAGACAUUAACUCCAUCAUCAGACUACUGAACUGAGGAGGAACGCAUGCAACAUGGACACUCGGCAGCAUCUUUAACCAUGCUGCAUUUCUUAAGGAGCAAAUACUGACAACCAAAUGUUUAAUUUGUCUGUUCCUUUGGCAGAGUCAUAUUUAAUAUACACAUCUGGUUACAAGCUGGGAGACCUCAGCAGGACCUAAAUGGAGUCUCUUUGACUCAGGUUUGAAGUCUAACAUGUAGUCCCUCUGACCACGGACUGAUGGGAGCAGGUGUGCUCUUUGGUGAAAUGUAACAAUACUUUGAAUCACCUGUGAAAUGUAAAAUAUGUUGUGUUCAAGGGUGCUUAGUUGUUCCACAUAAUAUUCCUCAGAUUGUCAGAGGAAUGGAUCAACGCUCGCCGCAAACAAUACACGGUGAUUGAAUAAUUAGGACGGGCUGUCCUGCCUGCAGCACACGGCUUUACUCCAUUCAGUGAGAGAGUCUAUCUGAUUUAUGAUUCGUUGUUAAUACACAAUGUUUUUACAAUAAACCCCCCCCCCCCCC